AUGGAGGCGAACUUCCCGAGCGAAUCCAAUAUGACUACCUCAAUCGUCGUGCCAAGAGCUUCCCAUGGGGCAAUUACACGCUCUUCUAUAACCCAAAGACUAACAUGCCUCCCCCAGAGUAAACCCCGCUCCAAGUUGUAUGCUCAAUGA